CACUCCCUCCAACCCUCACACCAACACAGGCUAUCAGCAGCGUCUGACGGCUGCGUCCUCUGCUGUGGCUCUUUCCAUCCCUCUCUGCCUCAUCUGCAUCUGACAUCCCGGCCACACAGGAACCUUCUUUUGUGUCUCCACGGGGGGCCACUGGUCGUUUUUCUUUUACCCCCCUCCAGUCUUGUCUGGAAGCGAAAACGCAGCACCAUGGACAUGAUGGGCAACAAAGAGCGGCGAGGCAUGAAUUUCAAAGGCUUGCUGAAGAGGAACUGGCUUCUGCUUGCCACGGUUUUAUCAGUGGUGCUCGGGAUCAGUUUGGGAGUCAUGGUCAGAGAGUACGCCUCCCUCUCAAACCUCCACAAGCAGUACUUUGGCUUCCCAGGAGAGCUCCUAAUGCGUAUGCUGAAGCUGGUCAUCCUCCCGCUCAUCAUCUCCAGCAUGAUCACAGGUGUUGCAGCCCUGGACUCUGAGGUAUCAGGGAAGAUUGGCCUGCGAGCCGUGAUCUACUAUUUCUCAACAACCAUCAUUGCAGUUAUCCUUGGAAUCAUUCUGGUGAUGACCAUCAAACCGGGAGUGUCUCAGACAGCUGACCACAUUGACAGAGCGGGGACCACGCCCAACGUCACCACAGUGGACACACUCUUGGACCUGAUCAGAAACAUGUUCCCGGAAAAUCUGGUGCAGGCUUGUUUUCAGCAGUACAAGACUAAGCGCAAAGAGCUGGACCCUCCAAAAGUUUCGGUCAACACGACCACAAUUCCACCUCUGACGACUACGAUCAUGGCAGUAGUAGAGAACAUCACCAAAGAAUAUAAAAUCGUUGGGGCGUACACAGAUGGAAUCAACGUGCUGGGACUCAUCGUUUUCUGCGUUGCCUUUGGACUCGUCAUCGGGAAGAUGGGCGAAAAGGGACGCAUUCUUCUGGAAUUUUUCGACGCCCUGAAUGACGCGACCAUGAAGUUGGUCCACAUAAUUAUGUGCUACAUGCCAAUAGGGAUCCUGUUCCUAAUUGCUGCAAAGAUCAUCCAGGUGGAAGACUGGGAGAUCUUCAGGAAGAUGGGUCUGUACAUGGUGACGGUGCUGAGUGGUCUCGCCAUCCACGCCACCGUCUGUCUGCCGCUCAUCUACUUCAUCAUCGUGAGGAAGAACCCUUUGACGUUCACACUGGGAAUGGCCCAGGCCCUGGUGACGGCGCUCAUGAUCGCCUCAAGCUCUGCCACGCUACCCGUCACCUUCCGAUGUGCCGAGGAGAACAAUCGCAUUGACAAGCGGAUCACCCGCUUCGUCCUCCCGGUGGGCGCCACCAUCAACAUGGACGGCACGGCGCUCUACGAGGCGGUGGCCGCCAUCUUCAUCGCGCAGCUCAAUGACUACGCUCUGGAUGUGGGACAGAUUGUCACCAUCAGUAUAACAGCAACUGUUGCCAGUAUUGGGGCAGCAGGAGUGCCUAACGCUGGCCUUGUCACCAUGGUGAUCGUCUUAACAGCUGUGGGGUUACCUGCAAGCGAUGUGACUCUGAUAGUGGCUGUGGACUGGCUCUUGGAUCGAUUCCGGACAAUGAUCAACGUGCUGGGUGACGCCUACGGAGCCGGCAUCGUUCAGAAACUAUCCAAGCGGGAGCUGGAGAGGAUGGAUCUGAUGUCAGAGGUCGACGUCACCAACCCCUUCGCCCUGGAAACCACCGCAGACGAUGAAGAGUGCGAGAAGAAAUCCUACGUGAACGGGGGCUUCACCGUCGACAAGACGGAUGCCAUCUCCUUCACCGAAACCUCGCAGUUCUAGCGCGCGGCCGGGAACAGAGGUGCAGAGAAAGUGUCACGCUGCUAGGGGUGCAAAGCGAAGAGCUUUCCAUCAUGUAUCAGCACCACGACGUGAGAGGAAAGCGCUCCAGUCAGACCCAUCCAAGCUCAGACAUCAACUAUAGAAGCCUCCACGUAGGAGACGAUCACCCUUCACGUUGGGCAUUUACCACCAUGACUAGAUUUAAGUGCUUCCCUCUUAUUGAAAUUGUGCCAAGAUUAAGAAAAGUCAGUCUUCAGAGCAGGUGUCCUCUUUCUUGCAAAGACGCACUUAAAAGUAGGUCGGUGUGUGUGUUUGUGUGCGUGAGGAUUUGCUUUUUGAAUGUAUAUUCGGUCCUACAUAAAUAACUCGCUCUCUUAUGUGACAAUAGAGUGAUAGUUUAAGCUUUAUGAAGCAUGGUUGUAUGAGGUACUAACACGUGGACCGAGCGCUGAGGUCAAGAAACAAGGAAAAAUGUAUUUUUUCACUUAAAAAAUCACUUAAAUUGACUCACCUAAUACACUCUCACCUCACACAGCUUUUUUUUCUUUUCGUUGCCUUAACCCUUUGAACACAGUAUACAGAGGCUAUAAGAAUGUGCAAUAUAGAGUGUCCUGUAUUCUUUUUUUGCAGCACAAAGACAAUCUGAUGAAAAAAAUGUCAUUUUCACCAGCUAUAUAAAGACACCUGAGCAAAAAGUACUAAAAAUGUUUAAAAUCGAAAAAGUAUCUAAUUUGUGACUUCUGCACAAUUAUUGCCACUUUAUAUCCCUUCUAAAAACGCAAUAUAAAACGAAUCGUAACUUUGACUUGACAACACAUAAGGAAACGAAAAAAAUUCGCAUUUUUUUAAAGCCUGAAUAUGUGACCUAUAAACACACACCCCCAGGAUAUCCAUAUAAGGAGUUGUGUAUCGCUAUAGCUCACUCCCUGCACCAAAACCCAUAGAGAAAAUCCACGAUUUUUACAUCCCAGCACACAGGAGUUGCAGAUCCACUGCUAAGGUCCACCACAAAGUUCGUAAUUUUGUAAUAUCUGUGUUUGAAAUCCUUUCUUCAGAUUUACCCAAGUGACACAAACUCAAUAGACGAGGAAGCAGUGGACCGGCAGCCACUCUGUCCCGACAAGCUUAAAACAUUGAUCUUCUCUACGGACACUGGUGCAGAAGAGUGCGUGUCAGAACCUCAUACAACAACACUCCACAAAACUUUUCAACCAUCCCACUCUAAAAUGUCUGAAUGAUGUUCGUGUGGCUGUCGGUAAACGUUAAUGUCCCAUGAUGCACUGCUUGUAUAUCUAUCUGUAUAUUUAAACCGUGCCAAACAUAUAUAAAGAGUUGUUUUGUUUUUUUCCACCGAGUUGCAUGAGGCAAUAUGUUAAAGGAAUGGCGUUCGCUGGCUGCAGACCGAUUUUUCUAAGAGACUGGAGAUGGUCAACAAAGACUUUUGAAGUCAAUGAACACUGUGAUUUUUUUCCUCUUUUUGUUUUUUUUUCAGAACCAAAUCCCGAUCAUGUAUUGAUGCUUUUGCAAAAGUAUAAUAAUCAUCAAUAGUAUCAGUAUUUAGACAAUGUGAGGCAAAGUAUAUUAGAUUCAGCUGAUUGUUCCUUCUCAAAACCAGAGCCUGUUUAUUUGUCAGCUACUGGAUUUAUAUGUCAAUAACCUGGUAAUCAAAGAGUGUAUUUCUAUGUGCUUUUUAAAAAAAAAAACGUUGCGCCAUUAUUUCACAUUAUGUUGUACGACUGAACUACGUUCAGAUGCUAUGUAGCUUAGCUGCCGCACAGACGCAUGGCAAGCUUUCGUCUUAACAAAAUGAAGCUGUUUUUAGAUGUUUUUUGGUCAAAGACGACAAGAGCUUUGAGUAUGUUGAAGGAAUAGUUUGACGUUCUGAGCUAAACACGUGUUGGCCUUGUUUUUUUCAGCGAGGGCUGAGACGAUGGGUUAGCUAGUCUGAUUAUUACUGCACUUUUAAAAUACUAGAAACAUGUUAGCGUAACUGAAGUCCCACAGAAUGUAACUCGGAGUCAAAUACGUCGGUUCAGUCGGACGAAAAGAAGGCGGCACAACAACAACAACAACACAAACAUAGCAAUAUUCAGGCUGGUACAUUUGUUGGCCUGACAAGGAGACUGAUUUUAUGUUCCGUCAGUUUAAAGAAUUGGAUAUUUUUAAGUUAAAGGGGGGUAGGGACGACUCGGAACUAAAAACCAAACCGAGCACUAAACCGGACACCGGAAAAAGGGACUUUUCGCCCCCUAGUGGAGCAGACACUGCUUGUAUACUGGGAUAAGUCCACAAAAUCUGUAGUCGGCAGGAUCACUUGAAAAAAUAGUCUAACCUCCAGGGGGUUGAAUGCUAACGUUAUGAAAUGAAGGCUAUCUGUUCUAAGCCCCUCCCACCAGAUUAGCACAGGGAGAUGCACAUGCUUAAUUUAGGGGGCAGUUUUAUUGUGUUUAAUGACUCUUUUUUCAGCGUUUAGGUUAGCAAGUUUCUAAUGAAGGGACAUGCACACACAGCUGCUUAAUAGCCAAUAGGAGGCGCUCUCUCUCUCUCUCCCAAAUCUGCCUUGUAAUUGAUUGUAAACAGUUUAUGUUUUUCAUGAUAUUACCGAUCAAUAAUGGCAAAAAAAUAAGUCGUCUACUGCAGCUUUAAAGCAGUGGCUCUCAAACUGGGGGCUGGCCUCUGCAAAAGAGCCACUGUGUGCAAAGUUUAGGGUUCACAACGAAGCUGCAGGUGCAGACAGCAUUUAGAAAGCGUGUCACGCCAACAUGAAGACUUAACGUCCCCAUAACAUGACUUGUCAUGGCAUUUGUCCUAGUGUCGUUGAAAAAACUUGCAAGUGUGGAGAAGCGAAAGUGUCGCAGUGUCCCCCUCCUCGCUCAUUUAGCUGUGAAGUGACUUGUGCACAGACUCCCUGCCAAACAUGGCUGCUGAGUGAGCAGGACCUCAGCACAGAGUCUUCCUCACAAAUUGUAUUCCUUUAAGACGAAGUAUAUCAUCCGGAGGAAAUAGCCACAGCAGCAUUUGAAAAAAGAAUUGUUUCAUCGCCAGUGGUGAAUUCAAAUCAAACGCCCGCCGUGGGUUGUUAAACUUGGAGAAGUAUUAUAGCGUCCCCUUCAAAACGCUAAAGCCUCGAAAACAUCGGAACACUUGCUGUACGGGCUACUGGAUAAUGAAAAACCCUGAGUUAUUAUUAAAUAUUUGCAGUUAUUGUCAUGGCCUGCAAAGGUGUAUGUCCCCCCCCCCCCCCCAUCAUACCAACAAUAAACAGAUAUUGAUUUUAAACUAAAGCAGGUCAUCCUUCCAUAAGCCAUGUCUCAGCAUAAUUAUGUGAUAAAUCUACAUGUGGCAUAUUCUUAAUACAAUUCAGCAGUUGGGUUUUGUUCCCCCCCCCCCACAUCGCUUAAGUGUGAGCUUAAUAUCUUUGUCGAUGUUCAGAGAACAGAGAAGUUAUUUAUCUCAGCCUCACUCAGUGUCACAUCUUUAGAUCGAUAGACUGAGCUGAGUUACACCACGGGUGAAGAGAGCUUUACAAACUUGUUGAUUUCAGUUCAAAUUAAACUGCCACAACACUUUACAGCACACUCCUUGGCUACUAUACUAUGUUUGUCAGUGGACAAUACUAAUUUUAGAGGUCGUUUGGUUACUGUUUAAAUAAAACAAUAGCUUUUUACCAGCCUGGACACGAUGUGACGUAGUCUGUCCAAAAAUAACAGCUAAUGAUGCUGCAAUGUUUAAAAAGAAAAAUGAGCUGCUGCAAAAUGCUAAAAUGUUAUAUUUUGGCUUCAUCUUUAACCAAGUUAUCAUGCACAUGUUUCGAUUGAUUUAUGGUCAUGUGUUGAGAACUCAAACUUCAAUCUAUUUUCAGAGUCAUAUCAAUAAAGUGAUCAUGUUCAAAGA